AUGAUCCUGAACAGAUCGACCUGGGUUUCCAUCAUCUUCUGCCUUGGAGCCUCCCAGCACCUGAAAGGACAUAGCUGGGACCAGGCAACUGCUGGUCCCAUUUUCCAAAAUGAGCCAUUUGUUGUAGUAUGGAACUUGCCCACAGCAAGAUGUGAAGAGCGCUUUGGGAUUUCUCUACCUCUUGGAGAUUAUGGCAUUGUUGAGAACAAAGGCAAUGCAUUUCGUGGCCAGAACAUGACUAUCUUUUACAAAAACAAGUUUGGACUCUAUCCCUAUAUCUCCCCCGAGGGGGAGUGGUAUAAUGGUGGAAUACCUCAGAAAGCAGAUCUGAAGGAGCACCUAGAGAGGGCCUCAAAAGAAAUUACAGAACUCUUGCACCAUGAUUUCCAAGGUCUGGCUGUGGUUGACUGGGAGGAGUGGCGGCCUCUCUGGAGGCGGAACUGGGGCCCCAAGAUUGUGUACAGGAAGGCCUCCGAACAAUGGGUGCAGGAACGAUUCCCAGAUCUGCCUGCUAAGGAACGAUCCUACUUGGCUGAGGAAGAGUUUGAACAGGCAGCGAAAACCUUCAUGGUUAGAACGUUGGCUGUGGGGAAGGAGCUGAGGCCACAAGGACUCUGGGGCUUCUACCGAUUCCCUGAUUGCUUCAAUGACAACUGGGAGAAAGAGAAGAACUACUCUGGCCGUUGCCACCCCAAGGAGGUUCAGUGGAACGAUCGACUCAGGUGGCUCUGGGAAGUUUCCUCAGUUCUCUUCCCCAGCAUCUAUCUCCCCCCAAAGCUCCCAUUAUCUAAACACCAGUGCUAUGUUCACUACCGCUUAAGAGAGGCAUUUCGUGUGGCACAAUUUGGCUUGAAGCCACCCCUGCCUGUCAUUGCAUAUUCCAGAGUCUCCUACAGACACUCCCCAAGGUACCUUGCAGAGACUGACCUGGUAUACACCACUGGAGAGAGUGCAGCACUUGGAGCUGCUGGAGUUGCACUCUGGGGCGACCUUUCCUAUUCCAAUUCACCUGAGAGCUGCAGGAGCCUCCGCCAUUACAUUGUGACCACACUGGGGCCGUAUAUAGUCAAUGUGACCACUGCAGCCCGCACAUGCAGCCACCAGCUGUGCCAUGGGAACGGACGUUGCGCGAGGCAGAACCCUGAUGAGCUGGGCGUUUUCCUCCACCUCAGUCUACAGCAGCGGGAAGGGGAAGCCGUUGCAACAGACUUUCUGGAUCAAGAUGUUUCUGCAUGGGAGAGCUUCCGGUGUCACUGCUACCCCAAAUGGACCGGUACCUGGUGUGAGAGACCGCAGUGGACAGAGCCUGUCAAAGGAGUGGAGUUCGAUCUAGCCUCACAGUAUCAUGAGAUCUAUGAUGCAGUUCAUGACAACAGUGUUGCUGUGAAGUCAAGUAUCUGUCCUCCCAGCAUUUAUGAUGAAAAGACAGAGCUUAAAUAA